AUGGCGUGUCCAGGUGCUCGACUCUAUCCGCCAAAGCAGCCUCCCAAGUGGAAGCCUCCGGUACCACGCUGGCAGUUGGAGUUUCCACAGAACAUUGACAAAGUCCAUACUCUCUAUAUCGGCAUACAGUCCCAUGCAUCAUCCGAUCCUGCGCUUAUGAAAGCUACUGAGGCCCUGGUCGACCUGAUAGACUCCAUCAAUGCUCCAGCACAUGACUCAUUUGUAACCGAGACCGAGCUUGGACACGAUGUUCCAGGAUCGCGUGUCUGGGUGCUCUACUUCCUCUCGCAGUCUGACUUCGACUCCGCGAUCGCGAAGCUUAAACCAGUCCCGCUUGUCAGGCGGUUCGGUUCUUCCAUCGGCAUUUGGACAGAGUCUUUCACGACUCCGCUGGCUCGACUGGAGACGAACUACGCUGGACUGCAUGAAAGUCCCGGCUUGGCGAGCCUACCGGGCAUCACACGCGAGGGACAUGAGUUGUCAGCAUACUGGGGCGCCGCGCGCGAUCGGCUCCCUGCCAGUGCGAACGAUCUCUUCGCUGUCCCAGGAACUCCGGUGCCAGACGCAGCAACCAGAGCGGAGGCUGACAAGGACCUGAAUGGCACUACAAGUGGCCAUGAUGUCAACGAAGCCGACCGCAGCCAUCCCAUCAGCUACAAUGACACGCAUAGCAAUGGCAAUGGAUGCCAUGACGAACUCCGGACGACCAAGGCGGCCACCAAAACUCAGUCAGCCAAAACAACCUGGCACAUAACGGACGACCUUGUCACCUCACCGUCCGACGAUCCAGCCAUCCAGUCACCCUCUCCAUCCUCACGACCUAGAGGUCUAGGUCAGCGCCUUUAUGGCACCAACUACGAGAACAUGUGCCACAUCCGGUCUGGACAGUGUUGGAAUCAAUGUCCUGCUGACGAAGCAGCCGCGUACGAGCGUCCAGGGGGCCUGCAGGAGAAGCUGAUGAAAGGUAUGACCUACCUGUGGACGAAUGCAGAAGACACUGGCACGCUCGGGCUGCGCUGGCUGCGCAACGUUGACACCAAGUCUGCCGGCUCAAAGGUUAGUAUACAGCCCAUGAUUAUCAACGAAACAUGCGGCGCAGGCUUCUUCCGUAACCUCAAAGAUCUGGAACAGUGGAGCAGCACAAGUCCGUCCCAUAUGGCCAUCUUCACGGGCGCGCACAAGCACGCUCGAGAGUGGGGCGACAACAGGAAGUUCAUGACCUGGCAUGAGGUAAGUGUGUUGAAACGAGGUGAGGCAAGGUGGGAGUACGUCAACUGUGAUCCCAGGACCGGCGUCCUGAAAUGGGUGAAGAUGGACGGAGACGCGGAAACAUUGACCUUGGAUGACUGA